AGUAAGUUGUUCAAGAGAAUAAAUCAGAUUUUGAAAAGAAUGCCACAAAGAAAGGACAACAUCAAUCAUUGAUUGAAUCUUCUUCAAGGGAAGGACAAUCGCAAUCCCUGAAGCAACCAUCCUCUGCAUGAUACGCUUGAGGAGAAAUGUCCAAUCCCACCAUCAAUCAUGAGGAGGAAUUGGGUUGAUGGGAAGUUCGAAUGGCGUGACAGGCGUUGUCUCUAGUUUUGUGCGACACGCUUGUUCAUUCCCACUCUCAUUCAUCAUGAUUCCUUCACUUUUCUUCAUCAAAACCCACGUAAGGAAAAUUGAAAUUGAGUUCAUCCAUCGUUUAUCAGAGAACGAAUUUUGGAGCUGCAGUUUGGAGUAAUAUCAGGAAUGGAGAAUGAUGGGUGUGCAUGCAGUACAUGCUCUAUUGUCUGUAUAGCUCGCCACCCUCCUUUGCUUUUCAAUUCGAAUGGGUUGUCUUUCUUCAAGGUUAUGACGGGCGAGUUUACCUCUUUUUUGGAAAUCCCAUGGAAGUUUGCAGGUGAAAUGCAGGAUGGGGUCUGCAGAGAUGCCCAUCUUAUCGGACUAAAUGGCCGCUUGUGGCCCACAAAACUAUGUGUUAAUAAUGGCCUUGCAAAUUUCAGAAAUGGUUGGGAAAAGUUUGUUUCUGAUAACUGUCUGAAUGAUGGAGAAAUUGUUGUUUUCAGACAUGUCACUCGUACUGAUUUUGUCGUGCAAAUUUUUAGAGCCAAUGGCUAUGAAAAACCGUGUGCUAAAGAGGAAAUUCCUACCGGGGUUUGCAAUCAUGGGGGGAAAUCAUGUGCUUGUCUCGAAAUUAUUCAUAUUGAGGAGGAGAACAAUGAAACCAGUAGGAUUAUAACUGCCACAGAGGAACAAGACACAGAGCUAGAGCUGGCAUGCAAUCCUGCAGCGGUGAAAAAUUCGGCAGAGCCCGCUCUUGUACUUGAAAUGGAACACAGAGUUUAUCGGUUACAGACCCCUUGCAAAGAAAAGAAAACCAAGCGUAAGAAAGUUCAGAAAGCACAAAAUUCCUCUUGCACGGCAAGAAAAAGGAAUGUGAAGAAAGUUCAGGAAUCACAAAAUGCUCUUACUCUAACCAAAAAAGAAAUUAGCUCCAAAAGUUUUCUUGCAGAAGUUAUGAAUCUGGUCAUAACAGAGAAUCCAAAGUUUGGGAAGAGUAUAUCUGAUAGUUCAGUUAGGGAUGGAUACAGACUUAGCAUCCCAAAAGAUUUUGGUAGACAGUGGUUGCAGAAUCAACAUGAUGUAGUACUGCAUAGCCACGAACUUUCUGAAUCAUGGGUGGCGAGGCUACACUCCUAUACUAACUAUUACGGGUUUGCAUCAGAAUGGCGAGAUUUUGCUUUGGAACACAAUCUGAAGGAAAAAGAUGCUUGUGUUUUUGAGUUGGUAGACAAGAAGCGUCGCAUUUUCAAGGUGCAUGUGUUUAGGUGGGAGGACUUCCAAAGACAAAAGCUGCUGAAAAGGUGAACUGUGGAGACAACGAAAUUCAUUAUGUGGCAAAGCAUUUUUGGAGACUGUCAUCACAUAGACUCUGUUUUUGUCACUAUAUUUUGUAUUAAUAGUUUCUGAUAGGGCGAGGAAUGUUUUUCACAUGAAUUUAUUAACUAUCUAAACUUUCAGUUAUAUGAUGUUGUGGUUUAUUUGAUUCCGAUGAUAGGUAUGUAAGAUAGUAAAUAUUGUUAACUUAUUAGUUGUUAAAAGUCAGAUUUGGCCAUUAGUUGCCUGGUUAAUUGAAUUCUGUUCUGGAUCUACUACAGUAAUAUGUAAGGUUGAUCAAUGAAUAGCAUUAAGCAUUUUUGUUUGUGUCCUCC